GGAUCCUAAAAAUACAAAUAAUACUACGUGUAUUUUUUGUAAUAACCGCUACACUGGAGGAAUUAGUAGAGCAAAACGACAUAUUGUUGGUGGGUAUUCUGAUGUAAAGGCAUGUGACAAAGUGUCUGAUGUUGUGAGAGAAGAGAUUCGAUCUUUUAUGGCUGAGAAGAAGAAGACAAAAGAUCAGAUUGUGCUAGACAGGGAAGUUGAUCGACAACGAUUUCGUGAAGAGGCUUUGAUUGACUGUGGAGAUGAUGAUGAAGAUGAUGAUGGGAUUGGUGAAUUGGCUAAAUCUAAAAAGCCAAAGUUGAACAGGAAGGGGCCUAUGGAUAUGUUUGUUAGUCAUACUCAUACUAGACAACAAAGUGCUAAGACAAUGAAUAAACAGAAGAACUUAAAUGAAGAAGCACUUAAAGAGUUGCGAAGUCGAGCAUGUUCGGCCAUAUCAAGAUGGAUGUGUGAUGCUGCUAUUCCUUUUAAUGCAGUGAACUAUGAAAGUUUCCAAGAAAUGAUUGAUGCAAUUGGAAACCAUGGCCCAGGAAUGAGAGCUCCAUCUUAUUAUGAGAACGUGGUGCAAGUGAUUACUGACAAUGCUUCAAGCAUGAAGAGUGCAGGAGACUUAUUAAUGGCAAAGUAUAAGCAUUUGUUCUGGACGCCUUGUGCAGCUCAUUGCUUGGACUUGAUAUUGGAGGAUGUAUUCAAAGUGCCAGAUAUUCGUAAUGUUUACAACAAAGCAUUGAAGAUGAAUAGUUUUAUUUAUACUCGACCAGGCCUAGUGAACUUGAUGAGAAAGUUUACUAAGUUGGAUUUAGUGAGGCCGGGUAUUACUCGUUUUGCCACUGCUGCACUAACACUUGGAAGGAUACACUCGUUGAGGAAAGAAUUGAGAUCUUUAUUUACUUCAGAGGCAUGGACAGGAAGCAAAUGGGCACAAGAGCAAAAAGGCAAACAAGUUCAGAGGACUAUUUUUUCUGAAACAUUUUGGCGGGGAACUUUGAAAUCCCUCAAAAUUGCCACUCCUCUACUCAAAGUUCUUCGUUUAGUUGAUGAAUGCUCCGAGGAGACAAUUCAUGAUCUCACAGUGGGUGAUAUUUCUAGAGCAUCAGGAGCAGAAGAGCCUAUCUACUAUACUCGUAGGGUAGCACCUAGUGGCACCACCGGCACGAGUAGCUCAACACCACAACCACAACCACAACCAAGAAGAGCUACUAACAUUCGAGAAGUUAUUCAUGAGGAGUUUGAAGAAGUUGAGGAAGAUGAUUAUGGAGAAGAGACUGAAUUUGUUGGUGCUAGCAAUGAGUUGGAUCACUUGGAUGAUGGUGGCUUGGAUUUGACGGAUGAGGAUUAUGAUUAAAUAUCUUGCUUUCUUUUUAAGAACUAAAUUUUGAUUUUUGUUUUAACUUUUACCAAUAACUCAUGCUUUACUUU